GGUCGGCUGGCGAGAAGACGUCGGGUCGUCGGCAUGUGCCGAUGUUCCCGCGAAACCACUAACAGAUCGAGUACUCCCGCUGACGAAAUCAAGUCAACGGUGGGUGGAUUGGCACGAGUCUUUAACAACUCCUCUUGUGCUAGAUUCCACGCUUCCCCAAGAAGGCAGUGCCGCAGUGGAGCUUCACAAACCCAGACCAUAUCCAUGCUGAAAAGGCCCUUUUCUGCCUCAGGAAAAAGAUCCGAGAUGAGCCGCCUUGUGGGUGAGGACAUGGACAUUAAGCUCGAGUUGCUUGAAACUAUUACAGAGAAAUUUUCAGAGGCGCUAAAAGUUGGCGGCGGCGGGUAUGGAAAUGUUUAUCGGGGCGUGUUUGAUGGGCAAGAGGUUGCAGUGAAGAAGCUUCACCCACUUCAUGGACUGGAUGAUAAGGAGUUUGACAACGAAUUCCGUAAUCUUAGGGAGAUUCGCCAUCCAAAUGUUGUCCGGUUGCUCGGCUACUGCUAUGAAUCACGUCACAAGUUUGUUAAGCACAACGGGGAUCUAGUUCGGGCUCAAGAAAUUGAGCGAGCUCUCUGUUUCGAGUACAUGCAAGGUGGAAGCCUCGACAAACACAUUUCAGAUGAAUCGUGUGACCUGGAUUGGCCGACAUGUUACAAAAUUAUUAAAGGGAUCUGUGAGGGCUUGAACCACCUGCAUACUGCACAGGAAAGACCCAUUUACCAUCUGGACUUGAAACCUGCAAAUAUAUUGCUGGAUAAGGACAUGACGGCGAAAAUCGGAGAUGUUGGUCUGUCUAAACUGGUUGCUUCGUCAGAAACCCAUAAAUCGGAGGUUCUCAAAGGAACGCAAGGUUACAUGCCACCCGAAUACAUAAACGAUCGAGCUGUAUCAAAAAAAGUUUUACGUGUUCAGUUUGGGGGUUAUAAUUAUAAAAAUUAUGGCUGGAAACAGAGGCCGUCGUGAAAUGCCUCCAGAUCAAUUUAUUAAGUUUGUAAGGGGAACUUCUCUCUACCGUGGACAGAUGUCGAUCUUUU